AUGCCGUCCUUGCAAAAAUUUGUGACUUCUUUACUGCUCGCCGGGAGUGCGCUGGGCGCGCAGGUCGCUGCCAACCAGUAUGUCCACCAUGGCGAAAGGAUUACCCCGAAAGUUUUCAUCGUGUCAAUGUUCGAGCCCGAAGCCAAAGCAUGGUGGAACAUUCCCGAGUUCAACUUGUUGGCCCACAAUAUCACCAUUCCCGGCCUUUCCCCACUCUACCCGGACGUUCACUGCACCGAAGAUUAUGAGAUCUGCCAGUUGAUCACGGGGGAAUCAGAGAUCAAUGCCGCAGCCACCGUGAAUACCGUGGCAUUUUCCCCCCUCUUCGAUUUGAAGAAGACAUAUUUCUUCAUUGCUGGCAUCGCCGGUGUCAGUCCCAAGCGUGCCACCCUUGGAUCGGCCACUUUCGCCCGGUAUGCAGUUCAAGUCGCGCUGCAGUACCAGAUCGAUAUUCGUGAACUGCCCAGCAACUACUCCACCAGUUACAUCCCCUACGGUAGAGACUAUCCGGGUGAAUACCCAACCAGCAUCUACGGCACCGAGGUGUUUGAGGUCAACGCCGCUCUGCGUACCAUCGCGGCGGACUUUGCCCGUCAAGCCACUUUUGCCGACUCGGCCAUUGCGCAGGCCUACCGUGCCCACUAUGGCAAUGGCACCGGAGAAUACCAGGCUGCCACCUUGGCUCCCGGCGUCGUCGAAUGUGACACCGCCACGUCCGACGUCUACUACAGCGGAAAUCUUCUGGGAUCCACGUUUGAGAACACCACCAAGCUGCUCACCAAUGGCACCGGGGACUACUGCUCCUCUGCACAGGAGGACAAUGCUACUCUCGAGGUUCUGCUCCGAUCCGCUUCUCACAAGCUGACCGACUUUGCUCGGAUCAUCGUCAUGCGCACAGGAUCGGACUUUGAGCGUCCCUACCCCGGUGCCUCGGCUGCGUACAAUCUCCUCCUGGCGGACCAGGGUGGUUUCGAGCCUGCCUUGGAGAAUAUCUACCGGGCCGGCAUCAAGGUGGUGCAAGGAAUUCUGGAUGGCUGGAAUACCACGUUUGCCAAAGGAGUGAAGCCCACCAACUACAUUGGUGACAUCUUUGGUACGUUGGGUGGUGAGCCCGACUUUGGACCCGGGACGACACAGGCUCUCAUGGACAGUGGAGCGUACAGGAAGAGAAGCUUGGAGGGUCGUCUCCGACGCCGGGGUUGA